AUGCUGAUGCUGGCGAUCUUGACUAGGUUGUUAGUAUUUUGGAUGAGUGGAGACGAAGAUGCUGACAGUGUUCAUGGAAAUGUUAAGCAUGAAGUUCAACUGAAACCAUGGUUGGACCCUGCUGCUUUGGCUGGUGCCUUGCAGCAUUGGAGAUCCGGGGAGGUGUUUGCUCUGGAAAAUGCAAACUUUGUGUGGACAACUCGGUUGGUUUGUAAAUUUAUUAGGAGUUUCAAAUCAGCUGAAACAGCUUGGCAGUUCUUCUGCUGGGUGAUUUAUCAGCCAGGAUUUACUCACUAUACCUACAAUAUAUCGAGGAUGAUUACCAAGUUGGCUCGCCAUGGAUGUGUCCUUUUGGUUGAUCAACUCUUGUUUAAUCAACGAGAGUCCCAUAUCACAAAAAGUAUGCUGCUUCUGUAUUCGUCUCUAUUGAGGGCAUUGGAAAAGUGUAAGAUGAAUAUUGAAGCAUUAGAUAUACUUGAUGAGAUGAUUUUGCUCGGGAUUUCUCCAGAUAAACAGAUGUUUACAGGUUGA